CCCAGCGCUCCCUCUUGUCUUCGUUGGAAAUGACAGACUGACGCACCAGUGAGAGUUUGAUCCGCUUUUCCUUGCGCUCAAAGGAGCGCAGAGCUCCUGCUCACUGAGUUAUGACGUCGACGAGAGGAGGGGUCAGCUGUGCGCUUAAAUGCGCGGCUGCAGUCCGGGUUUGAGACAGGAACGCACAGCAGAGCGAACGCCAGCAUCCCUUUUGACCAAAGGUUGCCUGAACGCCUUUUAGGCACACACUCUUACGCGCUCUCCACGAACCCGGGUAUAACCAUGAUUAAGAAAAUGUCGCCUUCCGAGAGCGAUUUUGCCAUCCCAGCCAAGAACUGCUACAGGAUGGUGAUUUUGGGAUCCACAAAAGUAGGGAAAACAGCCAUCGUGUCCCGGUUCCUGAACGGGAGGUUUGACGAUCAGUACACUCCGACCAUCGAGGACUUUCACAGGAAACUGUACAGCAUCAAGGGAGAAGUUUACCAGCUAGACAUACUGGAUACGUCAGGAAACCAUCCAUUCCCCGCCAUGAGGAGACUAUCCAUACUGACAGGUGACGUGUUCAUCCUCGUCUUCAGCCUGGACAAUCGAGACUCCUUCCAGGAGGUGCAGCGGCUCAAGCGGCAGAUCUUCGAGACCAAGUCGUGCCUGAAAAACAAGAUCAAAGAGAACAUCGACGUGCCUCUAGUCAUCUGCGGGAACAAGGGCGACAGAGAGUUUUACCGGGAGGUGCAGCAGGAGGAGAUCGAACAGCUUGUAGCCGGGGACGAGAAGUGCGCGUACUUCGAGAUCUCCGCCAAGCGCAACGAGAACGUCGAUAAGAUGUUUCAGACUCUGUUCACCUUGGCCAAACUACCUCACGAAAUGAGCCCCGAUCUUCACCGGAAAGUCUCCGUGCAAUACUGCGACAUGCUGCACAGAAAGUCUCUAAAAAAUAAGAAGCUGAAGGACAUUGGGGAAGCUUACGGUGUGGUCACUCCGUGCGCCCGGAGACCCAGCGUGCACAGCGACCUCAUGUACAUUAAGGAGAAGGCGAUAGGAGGCGGCCAGGGCAAAGACAAAGAGAGAUGUGUGAUCAGUUAAGUAGACAGUGAGUCGCAAACUCAACACAAAUCUUUGAAAGGAGACGGAGCCUGGUGCCUCAGCUUGAGAGGCGACCUGCGCUCGCAGCUGUGGAGACGCCGGGACCGCCGCCGCGCGCUCUGGCGCAGCGCCGUUUCCAGGGACACUGACUGGACACGCGAGUCCUCUCAAAUCGCCAAAAAAAAAGCACUGCUCACGAGACAUGUGAGAAUGUUAGCUUGUCCUGUCAGUCAGAGCCCAGUGUGUGACGUGGCUUCAUACCUUGUGAGACUCGCGCAUCGAUGCGUAUGCUGUGUUUUGUCGACGUCAUGCCUUUAACAGAUGUCAAGAGGGGAGAGAAAAGAGACUCUUGGCUCAGGAGGUGCAAUGUUGGGGGGAAAAAUGUUGUUUACAUCUUAUCAUAGGUUUUAUAAUCGCUAAGUACACUUGAAUGUUUUGUUGCAAUCUAAACUUUUUUUUAUUGUGAAUGUAUAUUUAUUGUCACUGUCAAUUUUGCAAAGAAAUCAAAACAAAAAUCUUAAAAUGUAAUAAAAACACAAACUAAAACUUAUUCUGCAUUGUUUCUUAUUUCCUCCAUCCUAAGUUCUUCCUCUACUGUUGAACUUGUUACACCCUAACCCUAACCCACACACACAAUCACUCCGUGGGCACCGUGCAUUGUGAACUUAUAUGCAAAAUAAUGGACAGCAUUCAUGAAUUGCAGUAUUCUCCAAAAAGAAAACGUGUCUCAUUACUGUAAAACUGACGCAAAUAUCUAAAUAGGGCAGCUACUGCAAGGUUACUGCCAAACAUAAGAUGAUGAAAGAAGAUUUCAGCCUGCAAAUUUUGCCAACUUCCUAAAGUAUUCUGUGUGUGGCACCUGGAUGCAAACGGAAACAAUGUUCACAUUGUACAGAAAAACUGGCUUCAUUCUUCUUAGCGCUUUCAUGGUUGUUUAGAUAGAAAAGGAAAUCAAUCCAGUGUAUCAAUCCGGUGUCACCGAGGGUUUAAAAUGAGAUCUUUGCACAUUAUGACUCUUUAUUUAUUAAAAACUACCCAAACAAAACAUAU